GCAAUGCUCAUUUUCCCUGUUUGCUGCUAAAAUUUGGAACUUUUUUGUGCUGAAUUCUUUCUCUCUUAUUGGAAGAAGCAUAGAGAAUAAAGUGGGAAAGGGGGAUAGAAGAAUCAAGGCAUCUUUUGCUAAAGAUAGUGGGAGAAGUGAAAAUAAGCAAACAAGAAAAGAAAAGAAAGCUCAUUUCUCUCUAAAUAUCCAAUCUUGGAGAAGGGUUUCUCGGCAUUAUGGGUUUGAAAUUGAAUAUCGCAAUUUGCAAUGUGAUUUUUGUGGUGUUAUUGAGCUCAUGGGUUUCUAGUGUGGAAGCUUCUGUUUCUUAUGAUUCAAGGGCCAUUUCUGUGAAUGGGGAGAGGAAGAUUCUUAUUUCUGGAUCAAUACACUAUCCAAGAAGCACUCCUGAGAUGUGGCCAGAUCUUAUUCAGAAGGCAAAGGAAGGGGGAGUUGAUGUGAUUCAGACUUAUGUUUUUUGGAAUGGGCAUGAGCCUGAACCUGGAAAGUAUUAUUUUGAGGAGAGGUAUGAUUUAGUGAAGUUUAUUAAGCUGAUUAAGGAAGCUGGGCUUUAUGUUCAUCUCAGAAUUGGCCCUUAUGCUUGUGCUGAGUGGAAUUUUGGAGGUUUUCCAGUUUGGUUGAAGUAUGUUCCAGGCAUUAGUUUCAGGACAAAUAAUGAGCCUUUUAAGGCUGCUAUGCAAAAGUUCACAACCAUGAUUGUGGACAUGAUGAAAGCCGAAAAGCUGUACGAAACUCAGGGCGGUCCGAUCAUACUAUCUCAGAUUGAAAAUGAGUAUGGACCGAUGGAAUACGAGCUAGGUGCACCAGCGGUGGCUUACUCAGAAUGGGCGGCCAAAAUGGCGGUGGAUCUCGGCACUGGUGUCCCGUGGAUCAUGUGCAAGCAGGACGACGCCCCCGACCCAAUUAUCAAUACUUGCAAUGGUUACUACUGUGAUUACUUCUCACCCAAUAAGGCUUAUAAACCGAAGAUGUGGACUGAAGCAUGGACCGGCUGGUUUACUGAAUUCGGAGGUCCAGUUCCGUACCGGCCAGUUGAAGACAUGGCCUAUUCCGUUGCCAAAUUUAUUCAAUCAGGAGGUUCUUACAUAAACUAUUAUAUGUUCCAUGGAGGUACAAACUUUGGGCGGACUGCUGGCGGCCCGUUUAUCGCUACUAGCUACGACUAUGAUGCGCCUCUUGAUGAAUAUGGACUACCGAGGGAGCCAAAGUAUGGUCAUCUGAAAGACUUGCAUCGAGCCAUCAAGCUCUGUGAGCCAGCUCUAUUAUCUGGAGAUCUUACAGUAACGUCACUCGGAAACUAUCAGGAGGCUCAUGUUUACAAAUCGAAGUCUGGUCUUUGUGCUGCUUUUCUUGGAAAUUAUGAUCAGCAUUCAUUUGCUAAAGUGGCGUUUGCGGACCAGCACUACAACUUGCCUCCGUGGUCCAUCAGCAUCCUUCCCGACUGCAAGAAUACUGUUUACAAUACAGCAAGGAUUGGUGCCCAAAGUUCGCAAAUGAAGAUGACUCCGGUCAGCAAGGACUUUGAGUGGACGUCAUACAACGAAGAGGCUGCAUCACGUGGGGCCAACUCGUUUACGAUGGUUGGAUUGGUGGAGCAGGUCAAUACCACCAGAGACAACACUGACUAUUUAUGGUACACAACAGAAGUGGAGAUUGACCCGAGCGAGGGAUUUUUAAGAGGUGGGAAGCCUCCCGUUCUUACAGUAUCGUCUGCUGGACACGCCCUGCACGUAUUUAUCAACGGACAACUUUCAGGAACUGCCUAUGGAAGUCUAGAAGAUCCCAGAUUAACCUUUAGUGACAGUGUGCCUCUGAAAGCCGGAGUAAACCAAAUCUCGCUGCUGAGCAUUGCUGUUGGUCUCCCGAAUAUCGGCCCACAUUUUGAAACAUGGAAGGCCGGAGUUCUUGGUCCUGUUUCACUCACUGGUCUUAAUGAGCGGAAAAGAGACUUAACAUGGCAAAAAUGGUCUUAUACGGUCGGUCUAGAAGGAGAAUCCCUUAGCCUUCAUUCAAUCAGUGGAAGCUCUUCUGUAGAAUGGGUUGAAGGAUCGCUCGUAAGUGAAAGGCAACCGUUGACGUGGUACAAGACUACUUUCAACGCUCCAGAAGGAGACGAGCCUCUGGCUUUGGAUAUGAACACCAUGAGUAAAGGUCAGGUGUGGAUAAAUGGUCAAAGCAUCGGGCGCUACUGGACCCAGUACAAAGCGUCUAAUGGCUGCACGCCCUGCAAUUAUACGGGUUGGUUCACCGAGAAAAAAUGCCUAACCAACUGCGGUGAAGCUUCUCAGAGAUGGUACCACGUUCCUCGCUCCUGGCUCCGUCCAACGGGAAAUUUGUUGGUCGUGUUUGAAGAAUGGGGAGGGAAUCCUUACGGGAUCACUCUCGUGAAGAGGGAAGUAGCAAGUGUAUGCUCUGAUAUAUAUGAAUGGCAGCCGACCUUAGUGAACUGGGAGCUGCGGUCAUAUUGGAAAGUCGACAAACCAUUGAGGCCGAAAGCUCACCUCUCGUGUGCUACGGGUCAGAAGAUCUCAUCCAUCAAGUUUGCUAGCUUUGGAACACCUGAAGGCACCUGUGGAAACUUCCAACAGGGGAGCUGCCACGCAUUCCAUUCCUACGACGUUUUUGAAAGGUACUGUGUCGGCCAACAAUCUUGCGUGGUGCCUAUAACACCCGAGAUCUUUGGUGGAGAUCCAUGUCCGAAUGUGAUGAAGAAACUCUCGGUCGAGGCCAUCUGCAGCUAACAAGAGGCGCUCGUUUAUUUCUUUCGAUGCAGGUACUCCUACACCACAGUCAAUUUUUAGACCACAUUGUUCACCACAACCAUUUUUAUUUGGGCUAUGUUGGGUUGAAGUUGUACAUACUUGCAACACACACCAUCUAAGUCCAAAUCACAGUAGAUUUUAAUGGUGAUUCAACAUAAGAACGUGUAUAUAUAGAUAGUUUUCGUCAUUGUUCAUCGUGCAUCGUUGCGUUGUAAGGCGCAUCACGGCGACGAAAUGAGUCCAUGUGCAGUCUCAUGACUUGUGAGAUUGUAGUAUUUCUCAUGUUGAAGAAAUCAAUUUGUUAGAAAUGCUUUUGCAAGUAUCAAGAUUUGUUGGU